GAACCACCGCUCCUCCGAGUCGUUACAGUGGCACCCUCACCGACACUCAGAGAGGUCGUGACAGUACUAGUGUGGUACUGGACUAGUGGCACCCUGCAUAAGAACCCCCUUCUUUCCAUCAGUUACACCUCAUGACAAGACGCGCGCUUCAGUCAGUAGUGACCGCCACGACCUGAGGCUCUCAUCCCAAAUCGUCGUCGACCUUUCUGAGGUCAUUUCCUCGCGAUGAAUUCUUACCCAAUCGAGUUAUUAACCCAGCUAGCUCCAGUCAUGUUUGUGGCCGGUUUGGACCUCUCCACAUCUCCUGCAGUUGAUUCAUCCGAUACCCCAAUUUCACCUCAGCCAUCACCAUCGCAUUCCCAAGAUCCCUUCCUUCAACUUGUUCAACGCCUUCGAGAUGCCCUAGUUUCUCAAAGAAAACCGGCGAUAUGGCAGCCCGAAAAAUCAAAGACGUUCCAAGCCAUCCUGGUCGAUAAAGAUGUCCGUUUCCCUCCGCGAAAAUUAUUGAGUCCAGAAGAUCCAGGAUAUGCGUCCUCUCAUUCACCAUUGUCACCUCUCACACCAUCUUCGCCCUUAUACCCAGAUGGACUUAUCGCACCGAUUUGGGUACGAAAGCAUACGACUCUCAUUCCUUCGGUGUUUGUUUUGUUUAAGAGGUUGUAUGAGUUUCAAGCUUCUCCACAACAUCCGCGAUCUCCUUUGGACUUGGUGUUUUCUGAAAAAGAGAGGGAGAGAGAACAGGAAGAAAGGAGAUGGGAUUCUGAGCUUGCUGCUGAGAUUGCGUUGAGAAAGAGGUUUACUCAUGAGAGAGGGAUGAAGCUUACGGUCGUUUUGUUGGCAACUCGGAAGAUUCUAGAUGAACCCUCUCUCGAUACACGCCUGACCUUCAUCCGACGACAAAGUGGAUUAGAUUCUCGUGCGGCAUUGUUCGUUCUCAGUCCUGUUUCUCAAGCUGAGCUGGGUGAAUUCAUUUCUAGCCUUCAACAAGCUCUCUAUGAUCCAGCAGUAGAGUAUUACACCUCUCAUUCCAAACGUGUUCGAAGGAAACGGAACCGACAUUCUCAAUCCGCCUCAGCUUAUCCUAACCCACCUGCGCUUGCGAGUGGAGGUGGACCUUUGAGACCUUUGAGACCAGAAGGAUGGACUGUACGGUACGAGUAUAAGAUGGCAUGUUUUGCGGAAUUUCGUGGAGAGGAUGAAGUCGCUUUAAAGCAUUAUCAGGACGCGUACGAAGCGUUAAUAAUCAUGUUUGGUUCCAUCAUCAUCUUAUCCCCGCGAACGAAGAGAUGGGCAGAGGCAAAAGUUCUAGCUGAUUGUAUCAAUAUCAAGAUUACAAAACUGUACCUUUACAAUAAUGAACAUGCCCUUGCGGUCUCUCAUCAUACCACUCACAUGCGACGGUUUGGGGACUUUUCGAGGGGGUGGGGGAUAGGUGAGGAGACGUAUGAAUAUUGGAGUUGGAUGGCUCGACAACACCGUGUUUUAGCCGAAUUAAUCGAACUAGGGACCAACUCACAUCUAAAUUCGACACUAGUUAUUCCCAUACACAAACCUAUCAUCUCUCCCUCGUCAACGAUCGGUAUCCAACGUGUUGGGAGUCCAGGCAUAGAAAUGGAGUUGAAUGCAAUCAGGUCAUUGAUUAUUAAUCCAAACCACCUUCUUCAACAUCCGGGGUUUUAUUAUUAUAUGGCUGCCAGGUGUACGGAGAUGAGGAGGGAGCGAUUCAAUGCUGCGCUUCUUGCGCUUGAGGAUAACCAGUACCACCCUGGCACUCUUAAUCCGGCAUCCAAUUCUCCUGGGUUUGCGAAUGAGAAAAAGGUUGACCAUUUUGUACUGAUUCUUGAGCUCUACACGAAAGCGUAUGAACAUUUCAAAAGACACGCGGAAGUCCACGCCCAAACAACGCAAACGCAAACUCAUCAAGGCCGAUUACCACUAUAUAUUGCGUAUAGAAUUGCACAGACAUAUCAAGAUUCUGGGAAAUAUGAUAUGGCGAUAAGGUUCUUUGAACGAAUGGCCAAGACUUACCGGAAGGAACAGUGGCGGUCUCUUCUUGUACCUCUGUUGUCGACGUGGUAUGCCUGUGCGGAGCGCCUUGGUGAUGUGGACUUGUGUGUGCGGUUGUUAGUUGAGAUGCUUGGUUAUGGGAUUGAUGGUUCUGAGUUCGAGGAUUUGGAGGAUGUUGAGAGUCGAUUGAUGAGGACGUUGAAGGACAAUAAACCUUCAUCUGAGGACCCCAUCGUCCUCGACCACCUCGAGUCUCAACCUCUAUUUGACACCAGUUUGGUGUUCUGGAAACCGGAAGCGGAAGUUCACGAACUUGUUGCGUUUCAACUAUCCUUGGCUGCGCCUAGGGAUCGGUCGAUCCAGUCCCUUCCGUUUUCGAAACUGGAGAUAUACACGAAGGAAGACGACGACGCGCCGUUCAUUAUCGAACACGUCGAACAAUCGGAUGCUGAGGGUGAAGGAGAUUUGGUUCGAAGGGUUGAGCUGGGGCAGGUAGGUAAAGAAAGGACGGAGGACCCUAUUAUUAAAGCCUCGUUGAGAUGGAGGAAAGGCGGGAUUCUCAUUCUAACUGGGACGAUGUCUUCUCGCAUCCCCACUUAUUUAACGCUAUCGCUCCUCAAAUUGUAUCUGAGUUACGAUGCAUGGAAGAUUGAAUUACCUCUCAAACCAUGUAAAUCUCGUCAACCGUCGAAUGCUUUGGAAUCUCUAUGGUUAUCUUGCCUUUAUCCUGUACGGUUCAUUCCAAUUACCAGGGAGGAUUAUUCUUCUGUCAAUGUCAAACAUCGCCCACAUAAAGUGACGGUCUCUGUGAAUCACCGGCAGCCUGCGUAUCUGAACGAGAAUUAUCCGAUAACAAUUCAAGUUACCAAUGUGGACGAUGCAGAACUCGAUGUAGUCGUUGAAGUUUUGUUGUUGCCAUCUGAUUUGGAUUAUGCUGUCAACACGAUAGCGGUGGACGAAGAACAGUCUUCGGGUCUUCUCAAGGGGAUAUCCCUCGGUGUUCUUGCUCCUGGCGUCAGCGCAAUCAAGACGUUAUACCUCCGCAGUACGGAGGCGGCGGGGGACAGAACACUUGAUAUAUCUGUUCAGUCGAGGUCAACAACUAGUGCCACUGGGACAUCCGAUAGUAGUGUUGCCUAUCCAGUAGACACACCCCAACCCGAGUUGCUUGAUAUCACGGAAACGCUACGAACGGUCGUCGUACCGACUGUGGAACCCCUCAAGAUGACGUGUGAUGUAACUUAUCGACGCGCGAUUGGAGCACAGAUAGGUUUAGCAGAUCUCAACGCGUUCGAAGAGGACUUUUGGGAUGACGGUGAUGGUGGUGAAGCCACCGUUGUGUCGACUUUUCAGUGUAGUGGUCCUUGGGGUUUGGCAAUUGAGAGCUUGGUUUUGAAGAGACAGGAUGUACUUCAAGCAAAGAUUAUGACAUCGUCUAUUAAUGAGAUAGGAAAGGAUGUUUUCCCAUCUGAAUAUCUUCCGGGUGAUAAUUUUGGGGACAUUUGCUGCAUCAGCAUUUCAAGUCAAGGUAAAAAUGGUCAGCAUAUUUUUCAACCGGUACCCGUGCCAGGGGAAUAUGAGGUUGCUUGGAAAAGGAUACUCUCUGAUAGUGAAUAUGGGGAACCUACGAUCACUACCUUUGUCCUCCCGCCAUUACAACCACCAAUAGAUGGACUUGUCGCUCUACUCAAUCCACCGACUAUUGCGAAUUUGCAUCAACCGAUAGCCAUGUCACUGACCAUCCGGAAUCGUCAUCCGACACGUUCCGCGAAUAUAACUGUACAUCUUGAUUCCGACCCGUCUGAUGGAUUUGUCGUGGCUGGAUUAAGAAAUGGUCGUGUACCCGUGUUGUUACCUGGUGGGGAGGAAAAGUUGACUUGGAAGUUGAUCCCGGUAGAGUGUGGAUACGUUCAGCUCCCGAAGCUACGGGUUGUGGAUAGACGGAAGGCUAUUGCUAGUGCGCAAGGUCUUGGUGGUCCUGGUACGGACGUCGAGAUUGAAGGUGUCCCGGUCAAGAUAGUUGACGUUAGGACGGAACAGAAGGUUGUCUCUAUUCUAAGCACGACCGGAUCCGGAGGCGAAGUGAAAAAGGACGCUGAGGAUGCUGCAGCUGUGGAUCCUAAUAGGAUAGCAGAUGUUUUAGUUUUGCCCUAAGGUAUUACAUGAUCCUAGAAGCAAAAAAAUUAAAUAAUUGAAGAAGGAAAUACAUUAUUUGGUCUCCG